AUGUCAACUAUCAACCCUCUCCUCCUCAAAGCACGCGCUGCCGUCGCAGGUGAAGGCCUCAAGGCCAAGAAAGUCUGCCGCUUCACAAAGUGGCUCCUGAACACACAAACCAAGCUGCGUACCGCCAUCAACAGGGCCAGCAUCACAACUCUNCACCACCACCACCACCACCACCACCACCACCACCACCACCACCAACAACCACAAAAAUCCUGCUCUCACGACAGCAGCAAAGCCAAACAACGACGUCGCGUCCACAAUGAAAUCUUCGGAUGGACAAGCGACGCCUGGGAUGAGAUGAGCAUGAACUCCACCUCCACAACAACCUCUCUCUACUCGCCGGCACCCACCACUCCACCAGCAGGGUGCAUGAGCAGAGAAGAAGCUCUCAGACGCGCCGAUGACUAUACAAUCCGCCGUAUCGAGAACGCUUUCAUGCACAACACUACCCGCCACCCCCAUGGCAGAAGAGCAUACAUCAGAGUUGAAGGAUACUGA